AUGGCAGAAGAACUGAACCAGUCUCUGGAAUAUACACCAACAUGGAUUGUCGCAGCUGUUUGCUCCAUUAUAGUUUUCAUCUCUCUUGGUGUUGCGCGUGCCCUUCACCGGCUUGGAAAGUACUUGAAGCGCAAGAAGCAGAAUGCAUUAAAUGAAGCCUUACAAAAAUUGGAAGAAGAAUUGAUGGUUUUAGGGUUCAUUUCCCUUCUAUUAACCGUCUUCCAAGGUCUAAUAAGCCAUUUUUGCAUCCAACCUAAGUUUGCAACCAAAAUGCUUCCAUGCAAGUUGCCUCAUGGGUCUUCAGAAGGUUCAGAGCAUGACCAGAUUUACUAUGAUACUAUAAUCAACAGAAGAAGGCUUUUUUCUACAGAAACUGGUGCAGGGCAUUGUAGGCAACAGGGGAAGGUUCCAUUGUUAUCACUAGAAUCACUACACCAACUUCACAUUUUCAUCUUUGUAUUGGCCGUUGUACAUGCACUAUUCUGUGUCACCACAAUGAUUCUUGGAGGUGCAAGGAUGCGCCAGUGGAAGAGCUGGGAGGAUGGUAUAAAAAAAUCAAGAGGUUUUCUAGCUUUUUUCUCAGAUGCAGGUCAAAGUCACCAUGAGUUCUUCAAAAAACAUGAUAAGGGAUAUUGGAGAAGAACAGCUGUUGUUGGUUGGCUGAUGUCAUUCUUUAAGCAAUUUUAUGGCUCUGUUACAAAAUCCGACUACCUUGCACUGAGGCAUGGAUUUAUCAAGAAACACUACCCAAGUGAGCCUGAUUAUGAUUUUCACAAGUACAUGACGCGUACACUCGAAAUUGACUUCAGAAAAGUUGUAGGCAUAAGCUGGUACCUGUGGCUCUUUGUUGUGCUGUUUUUGCUGUUGAAUCUUGAAGGGUGGCACACUUAUUUCUGGUUAGCCUUUUUACCAUUGAUAAUUCUACUUCUCGUGGGGGCAAAGUUAGAGCACAUAAUUGCUCGUUUGGCCCAGGAGUCAAGAGAAAACAUGGAAAAGGGAAGUUCCCCUACACAUGUGAAGCCAUCAAAUGAUUACUUUUGGUUUGGUCGUCCAGCUCUUGUCCUUGACUUACUUCACUUCACUUUGUUUCAAAACUCUUUUGAGAUUGCAUUUUUCUUCUGGAUUUUUUGCACGUAUGGAUUUGAUUCAUGCAUUAUGGAGAAAAUAGCCUACAUCAUCCCAAGACUUAUAAUGGGGUAA